UGCCCGUGCGCGCGGAGGGAUGAAGUGUGACCCUUCGUGGCAUCCGUAUCUCUUACAGGAUGACCUCAUCGCAACCUACUUUUUCUCCUUCCCCCUGGCCGCGAAGAAAUAAAUAUGGCGGCGCCCAUGAACGAAAAAGAGUGAGUGUUGCUGAGGAAGAGUCCUGAAGAUAUUGACAAAGUCAUUGUUCAUACGAUCUGUCUAUAGACACUGUUAACCAAAGGCUGUUUGGGAUCUACUGUAAUUUUGAGUUUGCAGCUGGCAUAAUUGCAGAUGAGCCAGACAGAUGUGUGUAGGAUGAAUCUCUUGGUGGCUAAAGCCAGCACGUUGAAACCACCAUAUUCCGAGGCAGCCUGUCUCUGAAAAGCAGAUACUCGAGACAAACAGCUGAACGGGGGUUUCCCAUGAUCAGAAGUGGAACACUAGUCCAAAGUUGGCCUUCAAUCUCAGCAAGCCAGAUCUUAGGAAUAUGCUACGGAAUCUGAAGAGACUUCUUCGCCGGAGUCACAAUUUAGAACCUGCCUGCUUUCUUCAGGCCAGUCCCAGGACCUGGCAAAGUACUGCUGUGAUCCAGGAUGCUCCGCUUGCUCCAGAGAAGCCCAGAGCGAUCUUCCGUACCAACGAGAGCGACCCAGCCAAUCAUACGGAAGAGCACGUGGGCCAUUACUACAGCAUCCCCCUCCAGGAGCUGAAGGUGUUGUUCCCGCACGGACUGCCAGGCCGCUUCCAGUUACAGGUGAAAACCUUGAACGAAGCGUGUUUCAUGGUGCGCAAGCCGGCUCUCGAACUCCUCAGCUAUUUGAAAGGCACCAACUUCGCUUACCCCGCCAUCCGAUAUGUCGUCUAUGGUGAAAGGGCCACGGGGAAGACCGUAACCCUUUGCCAAGCUGUCCAUUACUGCGCAAAGCAGAAUUGGCUGAUCCUACACAUUCCCGACGCUCACCGCUGGGUGAAAAACUGCAAAGAGCUUCUGCCAUCUUCUUACAAAAAGGAGCGCUUUGACCAACCGCUGGAAGCCUCGACCUGGCUAAAGAACUUCGCGAUCACCAACGAGCCGUUCUUAAAGGAGAUCAAGACCCAGCAGAAAUACACAUGGAGCAAGCGAGAGAGCAGUGAGGAGGGAAGCCCCCUGAUAAGUAUAGUGGAGCAGGGUCUGAAUCGCGUCAGAAGCGCCAGCGAUGUCGUAGGGGUGGUUUUGAAGGAGCUGAAGCAGCAGUCCUCGCGGGGGUCCUUCAAGCUCCUGGUGGCCGUGGACGGAGUCAACUCCAUUUGGGGGAGAACGUUGCUGAAGAAAGAAGACAAGAGCGAAGUCUCGCCAGAGGAGUUGACGCUGGUUCACAACCUGAGGAAGAUGAUGAGCAACGACUGGACCGGAGGUGCCAUCGUGACGACCCUCAGCCAGACGGGGGCUCCCUACCAACCUCGCAGAGCCUUCCUGCCCAGCGAAUUGCUGGGAAAGGAGGGUUUCGAAGCCCUGGACCCCUUCGUUCCCAUCCGAGUUGAUAACUACACUGACCUGGAGUUUGAGAGUUGCUACCAGUACUACCUGGAGCGCAGGUGGCUUCAGCAUGAAAGUGGUAAGUCUGGUUCCUUUUGAGAGGAAGGCGCGCUA